AGCUCAGCAAUCACGAUUUUUAAAGUGGCAACAAUGUCUGCUACUGCAACUUGGCAUAACUCCAUUGAGCAGGAAAAUUUGGAACAGCCUUGCAUUUGGAUUUCAGUGAAAAGAUUAGCAAGGGAGCAACGUGAAUAAAGAGGAGUUGUUGAAAGGAAACUCUGUUGUGGUCAUGGAAGCUCUCGAUCAAAGCAUGGCUCCUUCUAAGGGCAAGAAUGUGGCAAUGGUAGUUUCUUGGCUUCUCGGAACUGGGUGUCUCUUGGCAUUUAACUGCAUUUUGACUAUACAAGAUUACUACCUUCACUUGUUCCCGAAAUACCACCCCUCAAGGGUCCUUACUGUUGCAUAUAUGCCAUUUUCUCUCAUAUCACUCAUAAUACUUUCGUAUAACGAGGCCAAAAUCAAUACUAGAAGGCGGGUCCUUGUUGGAUUUACUAUAUUUUUCGUGGGUUCUCUUUUGCUUUUAGCGCUGGAUUUAGCUACAUCCGGGAAAGGAGGCAUCGGAAGUUUCAUUGGAAUUUGCAUCAUUAGUAGUUCUUUUGGAGUUGCUAGUGCUCAUGUGGAAGGUGGAAUGGUUGGAGAUCUUUCCUUCAUGCAGCCUGAUUUCAUUCAAUCCUUCUCGGCUGGUAUGGCUGCAUCAGGAGUCAUAAUUUCUGCUUUGAGGAUAAUAACAAAAGCUGCAUUCGAGAACUCUAAGAAUGGACUUCGCAAGGGAGCCAUUAUGUUCUUUGCAAUCUCUGCAUUUUUUGAGCUUCUUUGUGUUUUUCUCUAUGCCUACGCCUUUCCAAAACUACCAAUUGUGAAGUACUACCGUUUAAAGGCGGCCUCUGAAGGAUCCAAAACUGUAUCAGCUGACCUCGCUGCAGGUGGCAUACAAACAUUAACAGUUGAGGAAAAUGGAGUACAAAUGGAGCGACGGAACAACAAGGAACUAUUAAAACAUAACUUCGAUUAUGCAGUCAAUAUUUUUCUAAUAUACAUGCUUACACUUUUCAUAGUUCCAGGAUUCUUAUACGAGGAUACUGGAUCACACAGCUUGGGUACAUGGUAUGUACUUGUUUUGAUAUCGGCUUAUAAUGUGUUCGAUUUUGUUGGGAGAUAUAUUCCACUCCUGAAAUUCUUGAAUAUGGAGUCACGAAAGGGUCUCGUGAUAGCUACUAUAUCGCGCCUCUUCUUGUUCAUACCAGCAUUCUACUUCACAGCCAAGUAUGGUUAUCAAGGCUGGAUGAUAUUGCUAACAUCCUUCUUGGGGUUAACUAAUGGUUACCUCACUGUUUGUGUCUUCACUUCUGCACCCAAAGGUUACACGGGUCCGGAACAAAAUGCGCUGGGAAAUUUGCUCGUGUUGUUUCUGAUAUCGGGCAUUUGUGCUGGGGUUGUUCUUGAUUGGUUUUGGCUGAUCGACAAAGUCGGGUGAAUUGUACAAGUCCUUCUAAGGCCGAAUAAAUUAUUUCAUUUUAAAGCCCAAGCCCGUCUGUUUGGGCCCAAUACCCCCAUAUUGUAACCAUGAAAUAAGAAUAUAGUAAUUUGUUCUAGUUGGCAAAAUGGGAACGCUUAUCUUGAA